CUAGUCAUAAAAGUUGAAUUAAUGAGUCAUUAUAGCCGUCACUGUUCUUAGUUGUACCCAGCUGCUCUCGAGUCUCGACCCAAACCCAUGGCAACAGCCCCUGGCCCCCACCUUUCAUGUCAAAGUAACCCCGGACUUCUGUCCCAUCCUCGCAUUCAGAUCCAGAGAUCCCACACAGAGAGAUCCCAGAGAGAGAGAGGGAGGAGGGUUCAUGCUCUCAGCCCCUUUGAUCAAACCACAUACCAUUUCUCCAAAGGCGAAGCCAUCCAUGGCCUCUACCCCAACCCCAAGCCCGACUCCUCCGCAAGGACCACAACCACAACCCCAACUCCUUACCAUUAAGGCAGCAGCUCGCAAGCUCCCCGUCAAACGCAAAUCCCCUGACACUCCAUCUCAUUCCUCUCCGGUUCCGAACUCGAUCCCCAAACUUGAAACCGUAGACGAGGAAGACCUCGAAGAUGCAGCGGGAGACGAUCUCAAGCCUUCUCCCUUCAAAUACCAUCGCAUAUGGCUCGAAUUAGACGAAAUUCGAUUUCUCCACGGCCUCCUCGAUUGCUCCACCGAUGGUUUUGUCUUCCCACGAGAUCUCCAUCUCUUUUACGAUCGGUUCUCACAGUCUAUGCCUCAGCCUUACACCAAGUCCCAGCUCUCCGAGAAGCUUCGCCGCCUCCGUAAGAAGUUUCGUGUCAUCUCCAACAGAAUUUCGCGUGGGCUUGAUCCUUCGCUUCUCACUCCGCACGAUAGUGCGCUUUUCAAUCUUUCGAAGCAGCUCUGGCACCCUUCUUAUGUCUCUUCGUCUCCCUUUCAAUCUAAUAAGCAGAAGUCCUCCGAGGUUACGGUUAGGGUUGGCUUCUCUCCUGCUACAGCGGUUCUAGACCCAAGCAGCUUUAAUAUCAAUGACGCUAAUACGGUCGAGGAAGAUACUGAAUUGAAUUUAGAGUCCAAUCUCCGCAGUGGACAGAAGCAUGGUUUGCCCACAGGCGAUGAUUUCGGUGGUUUCAGUAGCAGUGGCGAUGGUGGGCUCGGACGAUUCUCAGCGAAGACAAUCAUGGAUGUGUUUGAUAGAUCCCUCAAAGAGCUGACAAUGACAUUGGCUCGCCGGGGGCUGCUUUAUCCGGACCAGAGCUCUACGUCUACCACAGCUGGUUGGUCGAAACAGGGGGAAGCAGUAGAUUUUGAGAAGAGGUGGCGACAGCAACGGGCAGCGGAGCUGGAUGUGCUGGUUCGUCGCUUUAGGUUGGUUCUUGAGAAUGACAAUCGAUGGACGAUGAGCGCCCCACGACCAUUGUGAACCGAAUAAUACAAAACAUCAAUUUUUCUUUUAUUUGUUUGCUUCUCCUUCUCCUCCUCCCAUCAAUCUGUUUAAAUCUUCUA